CUGCGUCGUAUUUGGUGCUUGCACACAUUGGUUUGCAUUACGGCAAGAAGGAGUGCAGAAUUUUGGCACAUUUGCGAGCAAGUUUUUGAGUAACAGCUCUUAGUCAUACACUCGCUGUACACAGUAGCGCGAUAAUAUUCCAUUUAAAGCGGUCGUUUAUCAGUUAACGUUCCAAAAUGUCGAUAUUUACGCCCACUAACCAGAUACGGUUGACCAACGUUGCCAUAGUGCGCAUGAAGAAAUGCGGCAAGCGCUUCGAGAUCGCUUGCUACAAGAACAAGGUUGUGGCUUGGAGGAACAACGUGGAGAAGGACAUUGAUGAAGUUCUUCAGAUGCACACAGUGUACACAAAUGUCGCUAAGGGCCAGGCUGCCAAGACGGAGGACCUGGUGAAUUGUUUUGGUUCAGAAGACCAGACCGAGAUCUGUAAAGAGAUCCUGGCCAAGGGCGAGCUGCAGGUGUCCGAGAAGGAGCGACACUGCCAGCUGGAGUCGAACUACCGGGACAUUGCCACCAUGGUGGCCAACAUGUGCGUCAACCUGGAGACCAAGAGGCCCUACCCCGUCGCCAUUAUCGAGAAGUCCAUGAAGGAGGUGCACUUCUCGGUGCGACCCAACAAGAGCACUAAGCAGCAGGCCCUGGAGGCAAUCCAUCAGCUGAAAGACAUCAUGCCCCUGCAGUGGACACAGAUGAAGCUGCGCGUUGUGCUGCCCCAGGGCAAGGCCAUUCGGUCACGGCUAGAGGCGCUCGCGUCCUCCGUAGAGAUGGCCACCAUUCAGGGUGACACGGGCACCCUCGAGAUGGUGUUCCUGACGGACCCAGGCAACUUCCAGCAGGUGGAUGAGCUCGUGAGCAAGGAGAGCCGAGGUUGCGGUCAGGUGGAGGUCAUCAGCAUCAAGGAGAUUCGGGAAGAUGAUGAGCUACUCGAGUGAUCGCCUCACCACCUCGUCGGCCGCAGCCUUUUGGUUGUAUGUCCACCAAGGAUGUGCCCACUAUAUACCCUUCUGUAUUUGUAACCACAUCUGCUGUGUUCAAAGACUGACACCUGGUGUUGCUGCUGAGCUGCUGAAGUGGAAGGUACAUAUAAUGAUGAGAUGUAUAAACUGAAGGAUGUCGCGUGUUCAUUAUAUCUGAUUUUGUUUUUGGGUACUUAUACCCGUAAAAGGACUUGAUCGAGAGUGGGUUGUUUGCCUCAUUAUAGCUGUCGUGAUGGGACGAGCCAACAAUGGGCAUGAAUCUACUGUAAAGAUGGUCACGGUGAAGUACGGAGAUGCUGCUUGAAUCGUGUUUUGUCAUCCUGCACUGUAGAGGAAAAUAAUAAACUUCGUACAGGUCA